AUCCGGCAGGCUUUGUAGCUGCGAGGAGUGAGUUAUCGGCGUGGUCGGAGGGCCACUGUGUGCAGUGCCCCGGAUGUGAUACAUUCACCUUUCACCCUGACAUUCCCAUUUGCCAUCGGUCCCUGGAAGGCAUCAGCAUGUUUAAAAAAUUUGAUGAAAAGGAAAAUGUAUCCAACUGCAUUCAGCUAAAGACAUCGGUAAUAAAGGGCAUAAAAAAUCAGCUGAAUGACCAGUUCCCUGGGAUUGACCAAUGGCUUAAUCAGAUAAUGCCAAAAAAGGACCCCGUGAAAAUCGUGCGAUGCCAUGAACACAUUGAAAUUUUAACAGUAAAUGGGGAGCUGCUCUUCUUCAGACAAAGGGAGGGUCCGUUCUAUCCGACACUGAGGCUGCUUCACAAAUAUCCUUUUAUCCUUCCACAUCAGCAAGUUGAUAAAGGCGCAAUAAAAUUUGUCCUGAGUGGUGCGAAUAUCAUGUGCCCUGGUUUAACAUCUCCUGGAGCGAAGCUUUACCCGGCAGCCGCUGACAAGGUGGUCGCAAUAAUGGCAGAGGGAAAACAGCACGCCUUGUGUGUCGGUGUCAUGAAGAUGUCUGCAUACGAUAUUGAGAAGGUCAAUAAAGGAAUCGGCAUAGAAAAUAUUCACUAUCUGAACGACGGAUUGUGGCACAUGAAAACUUACAAGUGAAGCACUGUAUUUUCACCGCCGGGCACUCAGAUGUAACUUUUUAUUUGUGUGGCUAAAUAUGAUAUUUGCAGUCUGUGCUGCUUAAUAAAGAAUUAUGUAACAACG